GAAGCUGUGGAUCGCAUCUCCCCUACUGCCGGCUUACCACACAUGCAAUACAAAUUUAUGGAGAAUCCCUUGUACCAUGUAUUGCUUCAUGUCAAAUUUGGUAUAAAAGACUGUAGGAUGUCCCUCUCAAAGAUCCUGCUCAAGCCAUCAAUAAUCACAUCAAAUCAAGUCCUACAGUAACACCCCAACAUCUCCAAUCGGCCAUGCGCACUCUAUCAAUCUUCGGCAUUGCCCUAAUUUCCUUCGCUAGACAAGGAAUUGCUGACAUUGGUUGCAAAUGUCUUCCGUCGGAAUCCUGUUGGCCUUCCAAAUCUGAGUGGACGGCGCUGAAUGAGUCUAUCUCUGGACAACUUAUUGAGUCGACACCUCCAGCUGCGGCUUGCUAUCCUUCCCAACCUAGCUACAACCCAAGCGAAUGCGAUUCAAUUCUUACCGCGUGGACGUCGUCUGCUUUCCAUGCCGCCAAUCCUGUCAGCAUCGACGCGAGUAUAUGGGCAAACAAUAGCUGCAAUCCUAUUUAUCCGAAUGGCACAAGUAUCAGCGGCAAUACCAGAGCAGGAGUUGAUGGUUGCUCCAUCGGUGCAUACCCUGUUUACGUGAUAAGCGUGACAGAGGUUAGUCAUAUCCAAGCAGCUUUCAACUUCUCCAGCAAACAUAACCUUCGUCUGAGUAUCAAGAAUACUGGACACAAAGGUGCCGGAAGAAAUACCGCUUUCGGAAGUUUAUCGUAUGUCGGAAUUAUCAUGGAUGAUUCUUUUGUAAUUACUGCAGAUAAUACGACGGGGAUAGUUGCUCAAAAAGCCGUUACAAUAGGCGCGGGUGUCCAAGAUGGAGAGCUGUUUGAUACUUUAUUAGCACAGAAAGCAUUUGCUGUCGGUGGUGCCAAUGUGGAUGUCGGUGUUGUUGGAUGGGCCACUGGAGGAGGACACGGCGUCAUGACUGGUGCUCAUGGCCAAGGUGCUGAUAAUAUCAUCGAAGCAAGUUUAGUUACUCCCGCAGGCGAGAUACUCACUGCAAACGAAAAGCAGAACACAGAUAUAUUCUGGGCAAUUCGUGGCGGAGGCGGUGGCACUUUCGGUGUUAUUUUCAACAUGACCUUAAAGGCAUAUCCCGAGCCUAGCCUCACGACCUUGGCUCUGAAUAUUUCCGGAAAAAACGCAACCUCUACCGAGGUUUGGUGGAAUGUCAUUGCCGGACACCUUGGCGUAGUACCACAAGCUCAAGACAAAGGAGUACAUGGAUAUUUCACACUAGGUAUGAAUCCAAAGAGUUUGAGUGGCUCAUUGUUUGCUUGGAAUGCGGACAAUGCCACAGUUGAAGCCGCUAUCUUGCCACUGAAGCAAUUUUUGAGUAAAACUGCUUCAAACGGUACCAUCGACUAUACGCUUGCGCCCAUACCCAUCUCCACCGUCUCCGAUCUUCUGAAGCUGCUCCCAAGCAUUUAAAACGUUGGCCGUCAAUCAACCAUCACUGCGUCCAGACUCAUCUCUCGCGAGGCUUCUCUGAAACGAGAUUUAUUUGCCAAGACUCUUCAAGAGGUAGGGCCUACAGGGUCGAAAAAAACUGGUAUAUCACUAAUACACUCUUAUUAUUAUUGUCAUUCUCACGCAUUCCUUUCAAAACUAUACCUUACUGUUACGUGUAGAACGGAAGCGUACCCGAUCGGACAAUGUCCGGCACCAUGACCAUAAGCAAUGAGCCCAUCGACAAUGCGUUGAAUCAAAUAUGGCGUAACACUACUCUCCAUCUCAAUGACGUACAACCAUGGGACGACUCAAUCCCGCAAACGGAUAUAAAGAGCCUUAUCGAUGAUAUGACUUACAAUAGCCUUGAUACACUCCGUGGUUUUGACCCAGCUUCUGGAGCCUAUUUAAAUGAGGCGAACGCAUACGAGCCUGGUUGGCAGCUGUCCUUCUUUGGACGUAGUUAUGACCGUCUGCGCGAAAUAAAAAACAAAUACGACCCGAGAGGUCUAUUGUAUUGUCGCCAGUGCGUGGGAAGUAAAGAUUGGAUUGAAACGUCAAGCGGCGGCUUGUGCAAAGCAUUCAUGCCACUUUAG